AUGCCUUCGGCAGAUCUCAGUCCAUUGGAGACAAAGACACAACAUGGGACUUUCGAUGUCGUGUCAACGUACCACCGCCUGCUGGCCGAGGACUCUGACCUUACAAUGCCCGUUGCUGCAAUCGAAAGUCUCACUCUCGGACUCGCGAAUACUCCCUCAAGCACCGUCUCGGAGACCCUCGACCUCGUAGACAAGCUCACCAAGCAACUCAAAAGCAGCAUCCCAAACUCCAUCUCGCUCUCAGCAGGAACGGACCUCUUCCAGCGAUACCUCAUCACCAGUCUUCGAGAAUCAAGCGGCGCUUCAGACUUCAAUCAAAUACGCACCCACUUGGUACAGAACGGCGAACUCUUCGUGGAACGCGCAAAAGCGGCGAGAGCCACAAUCGCAGCUUUCGGCAAGAAAUUCAUCAGAGAUGGUAACACCAUCCUCACCAAUGGCGGGUCUCGCGUGGUCGGCGCACUACUCAAGAGCGCCGCAGACUCAAGCAAUGAGAGUACAAGAGGCAGCAUACGCUUCCGAGUCAUCUACGUCGUCUCAGCCGACGGCAAAGAAACGGAAAGCACGGAGAACAUUGCCGCGUUACGGGAGCGUGACAUCCCAGUCGCAACAAUCCCGCCUACAGCUGUCGCGUACUGCCUAGAUCAAGUCACGCAGUGCUUUGUCGGUGCAGAAGGAGUGGUGGAGAACGGAGGCAUCAUCAGUAGAUUGGGGACCUACCAAUUAGCGCUGCUCGCCAAAGCUGCUGGAAAGCCAUUUUACGUGGUAUCGGAAUCGCACAAAUUCGUGCGCUUGUUUCCGCUCAAUCAACAGGACCUGGGAAUCGAACAAAACGUCGUGGACUUCAAGACUGCCACCGGCUCGGAGAGUGAGAAACCACCUACGGAAACUGGCAAGGAAGAUGCAGACAACUCAGUCGAUUACACGCCGCCGAACCUCAUCAGUGGAAUCAUCACCGAAUCUGGAGUCUUGCUGCCAAGUGCUGUCAGUGAGGAGCUCAUCAAGAUUUGGUUUUAG